UUGGCCUCUCCUCUCCCGGAUACCGUCUUGGGCUUCCGGAGCGGAGCUGAGCUCGGCAUCGCCUCCAUUGUGUCCUGGUGGGGAGGCUUUGUGGUCCCGGGGUGCAAGGGGGGGUCUGGGCAUCGCCCCCUCCCUGCAGCCUCAGCGUGGGAACGGAGGGCGCUUCUCCCAAGGAAAAGCCUUGUGGAAGCGGCUGCAGGCUCGGCUGGCAGCCGAGGAGCCGGAGCCGGCAGGGGAUUUUGGGGGAGCCCCGAGGGAGCAAUCUGCAUUGUGCUGGUGCUCCCUCCUGCCAUGGAGCCGUGGGUGCUGCUGGAUCCGCGGCAGAAGGCCCUGUACCUUGACGUGAUGCACGAGAGCUACGAGACCCUCAUGUCCCUGGCAGCUCAGGGGCUGGUGAGUGAGAAAGCAGCAGAGAACAGAGCAUUGGAGAGCGGUGCUGGGCUCGGACCGCACUCACCCCACAGUUUGGAGCGGGAGAAGCCCCUCGGCUCCAACAGGCGCAAAUCGAAGCGCCCAGACAAAGCCGUGCUCCCUGGUACUCCGAAACCCACCGUGCUCCCCAAACCCGGCUGUGUCAAACCCCUGCGUGGAAAAGGACCAGCCCGGGAGCGGCCAUUUGCCUGUGCCGACUGCGGGAAGAGCUUCCCCUGGGCAUCGCACCUGGAGCGUCACCGGCGCGUCCACACGGGCGAGCGGCCCUUUGGCUGCCCUGAGUGCGGUGAGACCUACAGCCAGAACUCCCACCUGCUGCAGCAUCGCCGCACCCACCUCAGCGACCGCCCACACAAGUGCGGUGACUGCGGCAAGCGCUUCGCCAUCGUGGCCGAGCUGGCGGCCCACGGCCACGGCCAUGCCGCUGACAAACCCCACAAGUGCGAGGACUGUGGAAAGGGCUUUGUGUGGGCAUCGCACCUGGAGCGGCACCGCCGUGUUCACACCGGCGAGAAGCCCUUCGAGUGCCCCGAGUGCGGCGAGUCUUUCAGCCAGGGCUCGCACCUCGCCAAGCACCGCCGCAGCCACACAGGCGAGCGGCCGCACCGCUGCCCGGCUUGUGGGAAGACCUUCUGCCAGAGCUCCGACCUGGCACGGCACCGUCACACACACCUGGGCAGGAAGGCCCUGCACUGCGGGGACUGUGGGAAGCUGUUCCGGGCGGGCCCAGCACUGGCGCGGCACCAGCGGUGCCAUCGCCGGGAACACUUGCACCACUGCACCGACUGCGGGAAGGGCUUUGUGUGGGCAUCCCACCUGGAGCGGCACCGGCGCGUCCACACAGGCGAGCGGCCCUUCCCCUGCAGCAGCUGUGGCGAGCGCUUCACCCAGAAGGUUCAUCUGCUGCAGCACCGCAAGACCCACUCGCCGGAGAGGCCCUACAAGUGCGGUGACUGCGGCAAGCGCUUUGGGGAAGCCCCCCCGUUCCUGGUGCACCAACGUGGCCAUGCCGUGCAAAAGAGCUACACCUGUGGCGACUGCGGGAAGGGCUUUGCCUGGGCGUCCCACCUGGAGCGGCACCGCCGUGUUCACACCGGCGAGAAGCCCUUCGAGUGCCCCGAGUGCGGCGAAGCUUUCAGCCAGGGCUCGCACCUCACCAAGCACCGCCGCAGCCACCUCCCCAAGGCCGUGGGGCAGUCACCCCUCACCAGGACACAGCUCGCGGGGGACGUGACUGGAGCUCACAGCAGCGAGGACCAGUAAGGACCAAGAUUCUCCUCGGUGUGAUGGACGUGGAGAGAUAACAGAGGGAAAAACUUGUCUUGGGGACAAGCCAAAGGACACCGAGUGGCGCUUGACGGGCAUUGGGGUGAGUGACAGGGGUGCUUUUGGCACAGGGCACUUUAUCUGCCCUGGUGUCUUCCCACAGCAAUGGGUGGACGUUGCACUUGCUGCAGUCCAGACCCCAGAAAAGGGACAAUCUGGGGCAGAAGGAGCCUGUUCCUGAAGGAAACGGCACUUGGCUCCGUCGGGGAGGGAUGGGGGGACAAACAAACAGCAGGAAUAAACUGGGAGCCCUGUACCUCAUGGACACCUGUGUCUCUUUGUCCUCUGACCCUGUGCCCUGAUGCUUUACCUGCUCCAGGCAGGAAACUCCACAAGCACCUUCUUCUCCAGAGACAAAAUCACGCAGACACGUGGAGGAGUUUUGCUUUUUGGCUCAACUGCCUUCUCCUUUAAUUGUCACUCCAAGCCCAGGAAAUCCAGCCCGGCUUGUCCAGCAUUCCCACCUUAAUGCACCCCGACCUAUCCUUUGUACACCCCCAUCAAGUCUGUGGAGGUCCCAGCAGUGCUGAUGAUGGGUAGAGGUCCCCAGGACUCUUUUCUGAGCUGUUUGGCCCCAAAAAUCCCUGUGGAAGGGAGUUCCUGUAUGGUUUCACCCUGCCACGCACCCAAGUUGAGUCCCCCUCAUUUACCCCACUACUAGUAGAGCAGAGAAUGAGGAGGGUUAUAGGGAAAAGUGUCUCCCCACCACCCCAAAUGAUACCCACUUCUCCCCAAAUCAACCCUCAGGUUCCCCCAUUCCUCUUCUCCCCGUCUCCCCCCAAAACCCUCUUGGCAGGCACAGCUGCCCCUCCCUGUGCCCCCUUCCCACCGCUUCAGCCCUCAUCCCCACCCUAAGCCUCAUUCCAGGGUAUCCUGCGCCCCCCCAAUCCCUUUCCCAUCCUGGGGCAGGAGCAAGACCACCCUCCCAGUGUGGCUGUGGGGUAUCCCCAGAAGUGGAGUGGACUCUGAGCACCCCAUCCCCACCUCAGGAGCUGGGAGGAGGAAGGGACAGCCAGGGCUCUGGUGGGGCUGUGGCAUUGCUUUGCAGAGUGUUCCCCUCUCCAGGCCUCCAUGCCCCAGUGAAGGGCAGAAGAGCUUUAGCCACCCAGCCCCUGGGCACUGCGGAGGAGGAAGGCAUAGGAUGCUUGUGCAAAGCAGAGCUGGGCCCCUCAGGCCAGAGCUCAGGGGGUGUGCCCGUCCCCCCUCGCUGUUCACCCUCCCACCCCGCGGGCGGCAUUUUCACCCAAAUUUUACCCACACAGCUCAUUCCCAAUGCACCAAACGCUGGUGCUCAUCCCCAGAGUCUAGGACACUCUUUCUAGAGAAUCGUGUCACAAAUUUUCCAGAUCAUCCCCAAACCCCCUCAGUAAUUGCUCCUCCUGCCCAGAAAGGAUAAAUCACCCCAUUAUUUCCCCAUUAUCCUCUGAGCCUUAGGGGGAAAACUGGAGUUUUCCCAGCUGUAGGAAGAGCGUUUGAUGCUUUCCUUUACAAAAAUAAUGGAAAACCAAAUUCCCAUUGCUCCACUCAUCCUUCCUCAUCCUCCUCAGGUGGAGGUGUGCGGCAGGUGCAUAAGGAUCCAAAUUAUUAAUCUCAUUUUUAUUAAUUUAUUAUUAUUAUUCCUGGAGGGGGGAAGAGGGUGUAUUGAAAGAUUCUGAAUAACUUACUGAUGGCAGGAAAAAAUGGCCAGUUUCCAGCACAGAUCCCUCCUGCUGUUUUUCACUUUAUUUUUAUGUAUGUUGGAGUCCCCAUCAGCAUCUCGUGCCACUUUAUUUAUUCCUCAGUAUUUUGCCACUCUGCUAAAAUAAAUGGAAAUAAAGGGGUCUACACAUCCGAAG